UUCCAAAACUCACAUCAGAAAGCAAAGUCUGCAAUUCAUUCGCACAGAAAUGAGUUGGAGAACUCUAUUCUCCAGACACAAAAAACUCACUCCAUUCUUACAAUUAUCCCAAAAUGCCCCUUUUCGCUCUUCAAUAUUCCAUCCACUACCCUUUCCUCCCUCCACCGCCACCGCCACCUCCAGGAACUUUCACUCCUCCCGAGUCACCGCCCAACUCGGCGCCCAACUCGGUUCCCAGCUCAGAAACUCUCUCGUCCAUUCAGGCUCCAUUGCCGACGAAGAAGACGCCGAUGGAACCAUGAACGAGUUCUUGUCCCGAUUCGUGUGGAUGAUGCGGAAGAAGGUUCGGGAAUCGUAUCCUGAUUCCGACAAGGGAACUGUCGACACCAUGCUCCUCGUGAUCGUCGAGCGCGUCGUUUCGGAGCUCGAGAAGGGAGGGUUCGAUGGCGUCCUUGGGGCGGCGACGGCGACGUUUCGUCCCGGUGACAACGGCGAUUUCAGCGAGGAUUUGUGGAGGACCGUGUGGGAAGUGAGCAACAAUGUGAUCGAAGGAAUGAAUAAGGAGAGGAAGAAGGAGAAGAUGAAAGGUUUCUUGCAGUGUGAUGAGGUGAAGCAGAUGUGCAGGUUUGCUGGCGAGGUUGGAAUACGAGGGGACUUGCUUAGGGAGCUGAGGUUCAAGUGGGCACGUGAGAAGAUGGAGGAGCAUGAAUUCUACGAGGGUUUGGAGUGCAUGAGGAAAGAAGCCGAAGCUGAAGAACAUGAAGAGGAGGAACAAAGGGGUACAGAACAUGGGGAUGCUGGUGUUGGUGUUGCUGAGGAAGGGGGUAAGGUUGUUGGACUUCCCAAGAGGAAGGGGAAGAUAAGGUACAAGAUUUAUGGGCUCGAUUUAUCUGAUCCAAAGUGGGCACGUGUGGCUGAUAGGAUCCAUGAGGCAGGAGAGGUCAUGUGGCCAAAGGAGGCAAAGCCAAUAACUGGGAAAUCCAAGAUUGUUACCGAGAAUAUUCUGAAGUUAAAGGAGGAGGAGGGCAGUGAUGAGUUGUUGAGGCUGUUAGCCGAGUGGGUGGAGCUCUUGCAACCCAGUAGGGUUGAUUGGAAGAGCCUGCUUGACGGAUUGAAACAGCAGAAUCCACCCUUGUACUACAAGGUGGCGGAAAUUGUAUUGACUGAAGAUUCUUUCCAAACAACUAUAUCUGACUACUGUAGGCUUAUUGAUGCCUAUGCUAAAGAGAAUCGGUUUGAAGAUGUUGAGAGGAUGGUAAAGAAGAUGAACGAAAAAGGUAUGGUACCAGAUGCCUCAGCAGCAACCGAAUUGCUCCACAUGUACUGCAAGGCGGGAAAUCUUGAGCGCGCAAAACAAGCAUUUGAAAUCUUGAAGGCCCAAGGCUUCCAGCCAAACGUAAAAGUCUACACCGCACUGAUCAUGGCCUAUGUAAAUUCCAACGAUCCGGCAAAGGGUGAAUAUCUUCUUAGAGAGAUGGAUACAAAAGAUGUUAAACCAACUAAGGAAAUAUACAUGGCACUGCUGCGAGCAUUUUCUAAACGCGGUGAAGUUACUGGAGCUGAACGGAUUUCUACAAUGAUGCAGUUUGCAGGAUUCCAGCAGACUAAGGAGACAUGCACAUUACUUGUUGAGGCACAUGCAAAUGCAGGUAACCCAGAUGCGGCUAGAAGGAACUUUGAUUACAUGAAAAACUUGGGGCAUAAGCCUGAUGAUAGGUGCACUGCUAGCAUGAUUGUGGCUUAUGAGAAGAAAAACUUAUUGGACAAGGCAUUAGAACUUCUUUUGAAGCUCGAGAAGGAUGGGUUUGUGCCUGGGGUUGCAACUUACUCUGUUCUGGUAGAUUGGAUGAGUAGGUUGCUGCUCGUUGAUGAGGCCGAACAUCUUUUAGGCAAAAUUGCUCAGCAAGGUGAGGCUCCUCCGUUUAAGGUUCAAGUGAGUCUCUGUGAUAUGUAUGCGAGGGCAGGAAAUGAGAAAAAGGCCCUUCAAGCUCUUGGUGCUGUCGAAGCUAGGAAGGAUGAAUUGGAACAUGCUGAUUUCGAGAGAAUAAUCCAGAGCCUUCUUGCUGGCGGGUUUGAGCAGGAUGCGCGAAGAAUGUGUGGCAUCAUGGAGGUGCAGGGUUUCGCUCUAUCGGAAUCCCUGCGGAUGGCCCUUUUGAAACCUAGCCGCAAAUUCCCAAAGUUUAGAUAGUUUAGGACUGGUUUUGGAGUUAUGAGAAGAGCCAUUUUUAUCUGACCAACAAAUGCAGCCUGUCUUAUAAAGGAAGCCAUGGUCUUUUGGAUUGACCAUAGCAAUAAAGCAUUGAGUUUUUGCUUCGUCAGCUUCUCAUUUUUGUAUUAUGUUUUUGAAUUCUCCCCUUGUAACAUGUCUGCAAGAUGUUCAGAUUAGUGAUUUACUUCACUCAUUUUUCUUAUUCUUUUGAACUUGGCCUUUCACUUUUGUACAAUAUAAUUCAAUUUUCUAUA